UUUUUUUCACAUACAAUGCAAAAUUUUCAUUUUUGCUAGGAAAUUUGUCAUGUUUCCUCAGGCUCAGGGGCGGACUGACAACUCAUGGGGCCCCCGGACAAUAGGGGAUCAUGGGGCCCCUGUGUCCUUUCCCACCCUCAAACCACUCCCAAAAAAAGCCUAUGAAAGGUAUGAGGGGCAUCUCAUGGGGCCCCCUACUGACCCCGGGCUCUCAGGCAGUGCCCGAGUUUCCGAA